AUGUGCCGAGCUCAGGAGCUCGCUGGAGAGCGAGCUCCAAUAAUAAUCUGCACCGACUCACAGUCUGCCCUGGCUGCACUGAGAGAGGGGCCUUCGGCCCAGAGGACGGUCCAGGGGGCGGAGAUAUGGAGCCGCCUGCUGGAAAUCGCCACACCGGACCGCCACGUGACGCUGCAGUGGGUCCCAUCGCAUUGUGGGAUCCCAGGCAACGAGGCGGCGGACGUGCUGGCAGGAGAGGCGGCGGCGCUGGAACAAGAAAUCGCCUCCAUCGACGUCAACACCAUCUACAAGGCUGCGGCCCGUCUAGCCAGGGACCAGGCGGCCAGGGACAGACCGUCAUACCCAGACCCGACACGCAGAGCGGCGACCGGCUGGUACCGGGAGCUGAUGGGUACGAGAUACCCGCCCCCAGUCUCCGGCCUGGAUCGGCGGGCAGCCAUCGAUGUCCACCAGAUCCGGACUGGCCACUGGAGUGGAUCGACCCAGUUCCUACACUCCAUCGGCCGGAGCCCCUCAGCCGCCUGCGCCCAAUGCCGGGACCUGCUAUGCGAGGCCGCCCGGUGCCCGCUGUGCGGCGAAGAGGCGGACACCCCCCGGCACAUCCUGCUCACGUGCCCGGGCCUGAUGGGUGUUCGCCUCAGAAUCCCGGCCGUAGGGAACAUCCUACCAACACCCGACGAGGUCUGGCGCAGUGACGUGGUGGCGGCCCUGGUGGCCGCCUUCAGGGCCCUCCAGAGCCGAUGA